AAUUGUACCACGUGAUUGAAAAGGGGAAGAAGCUAAAAUCAAAAUGGCCGGCAAAGCCAAAUUUUGUGCGCCUGAAAUACAAGAUAAUCCCGAUGGAUGGGGCCCUUGUAGCGUGCCAACCGCCUUCAAGGAUAUCCCAUACCAGCCUUUCUCUAAGGCUGACCGGCUAGGCAAGGUAUCUGAUUGGACGGGGUCAGUAUAUCAGGACAGGCGAUAUGCUAAUAAGUACCAGUCUCAAUUUGGAACUGGAAACCAGAUGUUCUCUUAUUACCAUGAGGAGGAUGAGACGUCUUUUCAACUUGUGGACACAUCACGUACCCAGAGACCUGGGUAUAUGAGGAAUAGGAACCGCUUUAACCAACGUGGUGGUUACCGACGUGACAACCGAGGAGGCCGCUUUCAAGGACAAGGAGGCAAUAUGGGAAUGCAAAAUCUCUCCAGGGGACGUGACACUCGAAAUAAAUUCCAGCGUAAAAUGCAGAGGAAUUGGGGCGGUGGCCGGCAUUGGUCUGACAAGAAAACAGGGGGCAUGCACAAGAGAGUUGCCUCAGUUACUGUGCGUGAGGAAUGGAAAGUUCUGGAAGAUGGUGAGCUGGACUUCCCUCGUCUUUCAAAGCUGAACUUGCCAAAUGUGGAGGAACCUGAAACCUUGUAUGAAUGUGGCUCCGUGGAGUAUUAUGAUAAGGCGUAUGACCGUGUCACCACCAAAAAUGAGGUGCCGCUAGUUGGCGUCAACAGGGUCUUUCACAAAGUGACCACCACUGAUGACCCAAUCAUUAGUAAGCUUCUGUCUCAAGGCAAUGUGUUUGCUACCGAUGCCAUUAUCUCCACCCUUAUGACCUGUACCCGAUCAAACUACUCCUGGGAUAUAGUUGUUCAACGUGUUGGCUCAAAACUGUUUUUUGACAAGCGGGAUGAUUCCGAAUUUGACCUCCUGACCGUUGGUGAGACUGCUAAUGACUUGAAUAUUGAUGAGACCAGUGGAAUCAACACGCCAACCAACCUAUCCUUGGAAGCCACCUUCAUCAACCAGAAUUUCUCCCAACAAGUUCUGAAGAGAGGAGAGGUGAAAACCUUCGACCAUCCCAACCCUUUCGUGACAGAUGAAGAUGAUAGUACUGUAGCCUCCGUUUGCUAUAGGUAUCGCAAAUGGGACCUAGGCGACGGAAUCCAACUUAUCGUGAGAUGUGAACAUGACGCCAUUAUGCAAGGACCCCGGGGAGAGACCUGCCUUGUGAACAUCAAGACUCUGAAUGAAUGGGACCCCAAGAUGACUGGGGUGGACUGGAGGCAAAAACUGGACUCUCAGCGAGGCGCUGUUCUUGCCACUGAGCUCAAGAACAACAGCUGUAAGCUGGCCAAGUGGACUGCAAAUUCCAUUCUAGCAGGCUCUGAGUACCUCAAAUUAGGGUACGUCUCUCGGGUCAAUUUCCUGGACACCUCAAAGCACACUAUUCUCGGAACUCAGCAGUUCCGCCCAAGAGAGUUUGCCACACAGAUUGCUCUGAACAUGGACAAUGCUUGGGGUGUCUUGCGCUGUAUCAUCGAUAUUUGCAUGAAGCAGCCAGAGGGCAAAUUACUCAUCCUCAAAGACCCUUCAAAGGGCGUUAUUCGUAUCUACGACAUCCCCAACAGCACCUUCGAGACCGACGAGGAAGAUGACGACGACGACGAAGACGACGUGGAAAAUGACGAUGGGGAUGACGAAAAAGACGAAGGUGACGGUGAAGACUGAACAGCGUCAGAUGGAUGUUGGCAGAGUGAAAUAAUGCGGUUCUCGCAUAACUGUCCCCCCCCUACCCCCCUUCGUCCCACCCAGAGACCCCGAUAACUCUCUAUACACGUAUGAACAUAUUGCCCUAUGUAGCUCUCGUCCAACUCUGUCUAAACCUCACUGAUACCAAAAUGAUAAAAUAAAGCCCAUCAGAAAAA